CGCCCCCACCGCUUACCGCUACAGGUUUAAAAAACUUUACAAUCGGUGAAUCACUGACUGAGACGAACUACAGCACUACACUGCCGUCGUAGCUCCUACGAAAAAACGACGAUAGAAAAUUUGUUAGAUUAUGCUAGUUCAUAUUGAACUAUUGUGUUUUGAUACAUACCUAGAAUCAUGGCUACCACGGAUGCCUCCACUACUGGGAGCUGUAGCAGCAUGCCGACCAGCAAUCGACCUGACCCCAACACCAGCGGUGGAGCCAUGGCAGGUGCAGCCCCCACACCCGAGAAACUGGCUGCUUGCCUCAGUUAUUUGAGAGCUGUGCGAGGUUCUGCAACUCAAUUCUUCGCUUUACUUGCUCAGCAAGGAGAAGGCAGUGAAAACUUAAUGCUUUUUGAUGUGUCAACCAAAAAAGAAGAGCAAGCAGACACUGAGACCAAAAUCAAAACAGUCCUUGAUGACCUCAUGAAAAAUGUCAAAACCCUUCAGUGUGAAGUGUCAUCACUGUCCCCAAUUGUUGGGAACAGCACGCAGAGCAACCUGGACCUCCUUUCCCUAGACCCUGCCACUGACAAGCAGCAGCUCCAUCACCAGCUUCGUCAGUGCUACAUCUGGAUGGACAAGGUGUACAACUACUCGACAAUGAGCCACAUGCUGAUAGGUCACAGCCACCUGAACAGGUCACAAAUGCCCAACCCGCUGAGCGUGAGCAAGCGGCGGCGCCCUCCCGCCAUAUCCAACAACGUCAACGUACCCCAACAGCAGGUUGAUGCGCUCAUCCUGAGCAUCAACAAGCAGUUCCAAGACAUGAUGCUCACCGUCUCCAGGCCCAUGGGAUCCAACGCUAUCGUCCAGGUGACACUGGGGCAGCUGCUGCGCGGAGUGAUAACCUUGCGAGGGCUGCUCAUCGAAGCUGUUCUCAUCAGGGGAUAUAAUGAGUCCUUCCUAGACCAUCAGGGCAGGGAGGACAUUUUCAAGCCGUCACAAUUGGCGGUGUUCCAGCGCGUAACAGACAAUGCCAGCGCGGCGAUGCUUCACUUCUGCUCGCCUUACCUGGCAGACCUGAGCAUCCGCUCGUUCUUCACGUGGCUGCACAGCUUCAGCAACUUGUUCACGGAGCCUUGCACCAAAUGCAACUGCACCGUCAGCAACAACAGCCCGCCCACCUGGCGCGAGUUCCGGACACUCCUGCCGUACCAUCAGCAUUGUAGACCGUAGUUCACCAUUGUAUCAUACUUUAGUCCACCAUCGUAUCAUACAUUAGCUCACCAUUGUAUCAUACUUUAGCUCACCAUACUUUAGCUCACCAUCGUAUCAUACUUUAGCUCACCAUUGUAUCAUACUUUAGCUCAC